AUGUUGCUGGCCACUGUCCUACUCUUCGUAUGUGCCGUGCUACCAUGGACGGCACAGGCAAUGCGACAAGACCACCUUGCGCGGUUGCGCCGGGAAACAGUGGACAUGUUCUACCAUGGUUUCAGCAACUACAUGGAGCAUGGGUUCCCUGAAGACGAGCUUCGUCCUUUGACAUGCGCCCCCCUGACUCGAGAUCGCGAGAACCCCGCCCACAUCGGACUCAACGACGCCCUAGGAAACUACUCCCUCACCCUCAUCGACAGUUUAUCGACCCUGGCUAUCCUUGCCGGAGGACCUGACGAUGGGACGUACACAGGAUCGCGAGCGUUGGGCGACUUUCAAGAUGGAGUGGCAAAGUUUGUCAAAUACUAUGGCGAUGGACGGCCAGGUGCGUCAGGCCAAGGCCUCCGCGCGUUUGGGUUUGACCUCGAUAGCAAGGUUCAGGUCUUCGAGACGGUCAUACGCGGACUCGGUGGUCUUCUCAGCGCGCAUCUCUUUGCGAUUGGCGAGUUACCUAUUACUGGAUACGAUGUAAAGGCAGCCGACGUGAAGGAUGAGGAUCCCUUGGAACUGGCGCCUAUAUCAUGGCCCAAUGGAUUCGAAUACGACGGGCAACUGCUCAGACUUGCGCUCGACCUCGGUCAGAGACUCCUUCCUGCAUUCUUCACAGACACGGGCAUUCCAUAUCCUCGGGUCAACCUUCGACAUGGCAUUCCCUUCUACACCAACUCACCUCUUCAUCGUGAUGCCGACGAAGAAAAGCCUUCUUCAGAUGGUGCACCUGAAGAAAUCACCGAGACAUGUAGUGCUGGAGCAGGAAGUCUGACUCUUGAGUUCACCGUCCUAAGCCGCCUUUCAGGGGACCCUCGAUUUGAGCAGGCUGCAAAGCGAGCCUUCUGGGCGGUUUGGGGCAGGAGGAGUGAGAUCGGUCUUAUUGGCAAUGGUAUUGAUGCAGAACGAGGUCAAUGGAUAAGUCCGCAUGCUGGAAUUGGUGCCGGCAUGGACAGCUUCUUUGAGUAUGCUCUCAAGAGCCACAUCCUACUUGCUGGGCACGAUCUGCUGAAUGCAUCGACAUCUCAUCGGCAGAGUAGCACCGGAUGGCUGGAUCCCAACGCUCUUCAUCCUCCUCUCCCCACAGAGCUUCACUCCUCAGACGCUUUCCUCCAAGCCUGGCAUGAAGCUCACGCCUCCGUCAAGAGAUACCUCUACACCGACAAGAGUCAUUAUCCGUACUACUCGAACAACCAUCGAGCUACUGGUCAACCUUAUACCAUGUGGAUUGAUAGCUUGGGGGCAUUUUACCCUGGCCUCUUGGCCAUGGCUGGCGAGGUUGAUGAGGCUAUCGAAGCAAAUCUCGUCUAUACCGCUCUCUGGACACGAUACGCAGCGAUCCCUGAGCGCUGGUCUGUCCGAGACGGCAACGUUGACCAGGGUCUUGGUUGGUGGCCAGGCCGCCCCGAGUUCAUCGAGUCGACAUACUACAUUUACCGUGCUACAAAAGACCCAUGGUACUUGUAUGUUGGGGAAAUGGUUCUGAAGGACAUCGAACGACGAUGCUAUGCUCCCUGCGGGUGGGCUGGUCUUCAAGACGUCCGUACAGGGGAAAAGUCUGAUCGCAUGGAGAGCUUCUUCCUGGGCGAGACGACGAAGUAUAUGUACCUGCUCUUCGAUCCCGACCAUGCGCUCAACAAACUCGAUGCUGCGUACGUCUUUUCCACCGAAGGUCACCCCCUCAUUCUCCCCAAACAUCGUCGAGCAAAACCAACUGGACGUCGCCCUCUAAUAAAACGCGAUGUCACUGGAUACAAGUAUUACGACAAAGCCUACACGAAUACCUGUCCUGUGCCUCCUGUCCCAGAAUUGCUAGCCGAGUCAGCAACAGCAGCUCGACAAGACCUAUUCAGCGUUUCUCGUUUUGUCGACUUGCACAAUACGCCAAACAUCCACGGCCCCCUUGAGACCAUCGAGAUCACAGACAAAGACAAGAGACGAGUGACCCGGUACAGAGCCAAGACUAACUACACACUCUUCCCCUGGACGUUGCCCCCGACAAUGCUUCCGCAAAACGGUACCUGCACCGCACCCGUUGAGCGCAUCACGACAUUGAUAGAGUUCCCGGCCGGCGAUGCAGCCAGCUCGCUGGUUUCACGUUUCGGAGCGUCUCUUGUAUGGUAUACCCACAACGGGCCAACGGUUCGCAACCUUGAUGGCAUGCGGCUGCAUUUGGAGCGUCAGCCGGAUGGCGAGCUUCCAGAUCGAACUUGGAGGAUCACUCACGCGGCAAGCAGGGAGCUCGGUCGCCAUGAGAAUGUGUUCUUCCACGCAGAGCACGUACGGCACUACAAGGACGAGGCCUUCACCUGCCUCCGGCGGAAGGACAUUGUCGAGAUCGACCUUCUGCUCGACUUGCCAGACAAGCAGAAUGCCAGCGAGCCAGCUCCCGCCAAUGGAGCGAACGCAUCCAGCGAUUCUGUAGCCAGCCAGCCACCCAUUGCUUCAGAGUCUCUGUUCAAAUCACUGCUCCGUGCCGUGAGCUCCGUCUUUGAACCCACAUAUACCGACAUCCCGGAGUCGGAGGCGGAGCCCGGCCCCACCAUACUCCGGUGGUCGGCCUACACGGCAACCGGCGCCGGCGCCUUCCCCAUGCCGCCAAUCAUUGACACUCCGACGUCGGCCUCGCCAAGCUACAAUGCUCGCAAUCCUCUCGCCAACUUUCCCUGGAGAACCGUCUUCCUCGCCGGCCAUGCAUGCGAUGCGCCGCUGCCUGAAUCCGCACCACGCCAGCAUCAGAUCAUCGUCAUGCGUCGUGGCGGCUGUUCCUUUAGUGAGAAGCUGGAGCGUGUCCCGAGUUUCUCGCCAGGGCCGAACUCGUUACAACUUGUGAUUGUCGUAGACGAGGGUCCGGAGGAUGACGAUUCCCAAGGCUCUGAUGACAUGGUACGCCCGCUUCUGACAGUGGGGCAGUUGACGCCCAAGGGCAUGGAACGGCUUAGCGGUAUUCCCAUGGUUCUCAUGCGUGGUGCCAGGGGUGAUUAUGGGCGGUUUGGCGAGGCAAAGGGCGUGGGAAUGCGCCGGAAGUAUGUGGUUGAGAGUCAGGGGAUGUUGAUUGAAAACGCCAUUGUGAUAUAA